AUGAGAAAGCAGCUUCGCGCCCCGUUUGAAAAGGUGCGGGACAAGGGCGGCUGCAGGAUAAGGGCGUUCCGGAGGCGGCCCUCAGCGCAAGGGCUACCCAAAAUCGACCUGAUUGUUUACAGCCGGCCGGCGGCGUUGGCGGCGGUGGACAAGGCCGUGCGUGCAGCUGAGGUGGGCGGCAGCAUGCGCAAGGACAGCGGCAGCAACCCCCUCGAGGGGACGGGGCAUUGUGAAAGGCCACGUCAGGCGCCGCCGCCGCACCAGCAGCGGCCGCAGCCACCGCCGCAGCAGCAGCAGCAGCAGCAGCAGCAGCAGCAGCAGCAGCAAGAGCAGCAGCAGCAGCAGCAGCAGCAGCAGCAAGAGCAGCAGCAGCAGCAGCAGCAGCAGCAGCAGCAAGCAGAAAAGGGCGAUGACAGCAACAGGAACGAGGAGGAGUUGCAGACGGACACGAGUGAUCAGCAGCAGCGGGAUGGCGCGGAGGAGGCCGAGAACGAGGCCCAGGAGAACCGCAGGGAUGCCAUGGAGGAAGACCAGAUCAGCAGCGGCCGCAGCACAGAGGAUAGCGAGGGCGACAGCGAGAGUGACAGCGAGGGCGACGAAAGGGGCGAGGAGCAGCCGGCGCCAGGAUCUGGACUGCAGGUGCCGCCGUGGCGGCAGCGUCUAGACAGCCUGUGGCCCACUGAUCAGCUGGUCCCAGCCUGUGAAUGUCCGUCCAUUACCGUCCCCAAGCGCAUGAUGGGCACCUGGUUCCCUGGCGCGCCGCGACCCCUGCCCGUCAGCCUGCAGCUGGAGGUGGACGGGCAGGCCUGGGGGUCGCGUUUCGACAGCACGAUCACGUUGAAUUACUACAUGAGCAAGCAGCUGCUCGCCCCGUUCAAGGUGCUGGCCGGCUGCAAGAUAACGGCGUUCCGGCGGCGGCCCUCUGUGCAAGGCCUGAUACCUGCAAUCGACCUGAUUAUCUCCAGCCUGGCGGGGCGCCUGCCGGCGGCGGCUGUGACGACAGGCCAGGGCGUGCGUGCUGCUGACAGUGGACCUGUGGCGGGCGCCACUGCGGGCCCCAGCAGCAAUGCGCCAGAGGCUAAGGCGGCGGGCGCCACCCCUGGUGCUCAUGCGUCCAGCGGCGGCGCCGGUGCCCAGUCCGCGUCGCUCGCCGCGCUGCAGCUGCGGGAGAUUUUGCAGUUUGACAUCGAGGAUGGGGCGACGGCCGCGGCAAAAGCGGCGACUGCGGUGGCAGCAGUGUUGAAUGAAGUUGAAAGGGCGGCUGACGCGCUGGGGCUGCCAGAGGCGCAGCUGCACGCCGUGCUGGCGGCCGUGGACGCGGCGACGGCGGCGCCCCUGGGCUGCCACCGCUUUGUGGUGUCCGACUACCGGCGGCUGCGGCGCGCGUGCUGCAAGGGGGAGAGCAACGGCAACAGCGGCUCCGCGCAGCAGCAGCAGCAGCAGCAGCAGCAGCAGCAGCAGCAGCAGCAGCAGCAGCAGCAGCAGCAGCAGCAGCAGCAGCAGCAGCAGCAGCAGCAGCACUAG